AUGUCAGCAACUGUCGGUCCGUGCCUGUCGUUUUCCAUCGCUGUCCGUCCCUCCUUAGUCGUCAUUGUCCGUCUUCGUCGCUCGCGCGCUUCCCUCACCUCCGUUCUGCCCUCGUUUCGAUUCCCCCCCUCCCCCUCUACCAUGCCGCGCACCAACCUCCCCGCGCCAAUCUCCGCGUGCCUGCCGCACGUAACUGUGUGUGCACACACUGUCCGACAUCCCCCACCCUUACUCUCCCACCUGUUCCCCUCCGCGCACUCUCCCCCCUUUCCCCCCUCCCCCCCCCUCACCCCCUCCCCCGCUCCCCUUGUUCCCCGGAACAGCGUCCCGGACCUUCCCCUCUGUGGCCCCCAUCCCCUCGGUGUGCUGCAGCUGCAGGUGUGGGUGGGGCAACCGCAUGCCAGCACACUGCAUGGUUCUGCGCAAGCUUGUAUUGCCACAUCUGGAAACACCCUCGUCCUUUCUCUUCCCUCCAUGCCCGUCCCCCUCCAUGUCCCUCUCCUCCCCCCGCCAGGUGCGUGGCAACUAUGUGUGGGGGAGGGACUGUGUGCCAGCAGACUGCAUGGUGCGGCGCAAGCUUGUUUUGAGACGUCUCAAAACAUUCCCGUCCUUUCUCGUUCCCCAUGCCCGUUUUCCUCCGUGUCCAUCUCCUCCCACUGCCAGGUAGGGGCAGAACCUGCAGCGGAUAGGCUGGCUGCAGGAGCCGAGUCACUCAAAGGACUGACCCACACGGAUUUCCGCGCCACUGGCCUCGGCUCACGACCCAUGGGCAACCUGCAAGCUGCUGACUGCACCAUGGCCCAGCACCUGAUUUUCCUACACCGGCUUCCCCCCCACCGGGCAUUGUUCGCGGGCAACCUGCGGGCUGCUGGCGUGGCUGCUCUCAGGUCACUCUCAGGUCGCUCUCAGGUCACCCCUCCCCCUCCCUUCAAUCACCGCCUCUCUCUGUCACCCACCUCACCGGCCUCUCCCAUUCGUCCCCCUUUUUUUUUUAUCACCCUCCAGGUGUGCAUAGUGCAACAACCACGCUCCCGCACCUCAUCCCACACCUCGUCCCGCACCUCCUCCCCCGACUCUCGCCCCUGGAUAACUUUUUCUUCACUCAGUCCCUUCCCUCGCUUGCGUGCCCCUGACUGA